AUGAACGCCGAUCAGCUUCUAGCCCAUGUCCACCGCAUUGAAGCUGAUCUGCAGGAAGUGACCACUGCUCUGCGGCUUGCCCAGCGGAGCCAUCAGGACGACCUUCAGCGGCUGCACAGGCUGAAGCAAAUGCGGCGGUCCGGAACAGAUAGCCUCGAGCACCUUCUUGCCAUCCGCAUUGCUGCCGCAUCAAGCGCCGCCGCCGCCGCCGACCUCGCCGCCCGUCUCGAUGCUACCGCCGACACUGCCGAAGCCGCGGCAGAGGCAGCCGAAGCCGAGCUGGCCGGACUGGGCAAGGACCUUGCCGAUCGCCGCGGUGUCGUCCUUGCCCGCAUGGCCAAUCAUCCACUUUGCAUGCGGAUCAAAGACGGCCUCGUCUGCGUUCCAAAUGCUGGGGACGGCGACGAGCGCUGGAUCUCGCUCGCCCAGCUCAAGGCCGAGGAGACGUCGGCGCGGGACAGGGUGGCGGCUGCCACUGCAGGUGCGGCAGUGGCGCGUGCCGAGGCUGAGGAGCUGGCAGCGCAGCGCGCAGAUGUGGAAGCUACCACUGCUGAUGCCAAGAACCGGUUGGAGGCAGCGACGCGCGCCUACCGCGCUUUUCUUGACUCGGCCCACACCCGCCAAUCCAACGCCAACGCCGAGCGCGAGGCAAAUUCGCCGAUCGGACCGGUCCGUGCCCGUCUCGAGAGGAUCAAAAAGCUGCGAACAUCGCUCAAGGCGCGCUCCCGUAGGCUGGCCAAGAAAAAGGCGCUGUUGGAGGCGGAGGUGGCGCAGCCAGCGGUUUCGCCGCGGGAAGCAGGACCCGUGCCGGCGGCUGUCUGCAUGCCGAUGGGUGACUGCGCCUCGUCGCACAGGCCAAGCCGCUCACCUACUGUGCCUCGCCCGCAGGUUGCGUCGCAGCGCCACAUCGCCACAUCGUACUCGUACUUUUGAAUCAAACGGCUACCGCGUGCUGCGUAGCUGCCAGCGCCCGGAGCACCGCCGUGUAGGCGGCAGCGAGGGCGGUGCCCACAUUGAAGCGGA